GUCAAAUCAGCCCUGGCCCGCUCCUCGACAUCCUGCAAAAUCCAGCCUGGCGCGCUGCUCGACAUCCUGCAAGCGUCACUGUCACCGUCACCAGUCACUGUUGCCAGGUGUUGGCGUCACGUGUGCAGUCAGCCGCGAGUCUUGUGGACUCAGAAAUCAAACGAUGCGUGAAUUCUAAAUCAGUUAGAGGUAGCCCCGAAGCUACUUUCUUGACUCACGACUCACCCGUGCCUGCUUCCCCCCAACUGACUCAUGCUGGACUUGACCGACGACGCUCGCAUCCACAAUCCACGAUCUGCGCCUAUGCCAUCGCACCACUUGGAUGUGUCUGAACUCUUCUAGCAAACAAAGCCAGACGUUAGUGCUCCAGUGGCUGGCGAGCUGCGGUUCUAGUACGAGAACACCUUUGCCACCAUGCCGACUGCUGAUGAUCCAUUCGCCGCUUUAGGCCUGCCGGUGGGCGCAUCAGAGGCCGACAUUCGCGCAGCAUACCGAAAGCUCUCGCUCAAGCUGCACCCUGACAAGGCGAGGGACGUGACGCCCGAAGUAGCCUCGGCUCGCUUUCACGCAAUUCAGACGGCGUACGAGGCGCUCCAAGAUCCAGUGUAUCGAGCUAAAGCUGCAUCCAUAGCAGAAGCAGAGCGCAAGAAAAAUGAGAGGAGAGGCGCUUAUGAUGGCAACAGAAAGAGGAUGGCUGAGGAGCUGGAGAGGGAAGAACGAGAAGGCUUGAAGAAGAGAAAAGAUGUCAAGGAUCGCGAGGAAAGGUUGAGAAGGUUGAAGGAAGAGGGCAAGAGGCUGACAGAAGAGCUGCUCAGGAGCAAUGCGUCAUCCUCCAUGCCUUCCACGCCGGACCCGAAAGGCGCUGGUGGUGAGGCAUCAUCCGAGCAGGUGCUGGAACAGCGAGAAGACGAAGAUGGCGUGGAGCCUGCGUUAGGGCCACUCGACAAGACUGUGAAGCUACGCUUUCCCUCCCAUCAACAAUCUCUCCUCGCGGGCUCGUCCGCCAGCUCAGCCUCAAGUGAAUCCCUACGUACUCCACUCGCCAGCGCGAUGUCGCGUCGCUUCGGCAAGAUCGAGGCAAUUCGAUUUCUGCCGCCAAAGGCUUCAAAGAGGCACCCGGAGAGGAUACCUAAUGAAGCGACAGCUCUCGUAUCAUUCGCGGGGUUGGAAGACGCCAUGAAAGCUGUGGACUUGGGUGGGCAGAUGAAUGCCGCGAAUCCCAACGACGAGCAGACCAGGAUACUGGAGGAUGUUCACAUUGGAUGGGCUACAGCGGGUAAAGGGAAUGAUGGAGAGCCGCCAGCUGCUCGUUUCAGAAGGUCACGGCGUGCAAGGGAGCAGGCCGCUCCACCACGAGGCGCGAAUGGCCAAUAUGCGCGCGGAGAAAGUCUUCCGCCUCCUGAUGGCCCCACACCUGAAGAUGCAGCGACGUACGAAGCGAAUACCCUGGCGAGGCUCAUGAGCAUGAGCUGAAAUGGGACGCGCCAGAUGCGUAAGCGCGCACAGGCACAGAAGAUGCUCGCCCGCGGUAAUUUGUCCAGACGAACUCGAAUCUUGGAGCACGUCUAUGGUUCAAUGAUGUCCGUUGUAUUUGUACAUUGUUGUUCAGUAUAAGCUUCUUGCACAGCAUCCGUAUUACCAGGCAAUUUGGUUUCUGAAAUUA